GGAAAACCUCUUCUGUCUCUGGCUUGCGCUGAUCACUGCUACCCAACAUAACGGCCAUGUCAAAACGGAACCUAGCGAUUAGCGAAGUGACUCCGGAGCGAGAGACAGAAGCGGAGAUACCCCCGGCGAAACGACAACGACUGAAUCCCAGUUCGAAGACACGAUCUGUACGCACACCGAGCCCACCCAGAAGGGAUAGCGAGGAGAGAACACGCAUCAUUUCUUGGAAUAUCGAGACGCCUAUCCCAUUCCUCGACCUCCGUUACACUAUAUCGUCCACAGGCAUGUCCAGUUAUCUUGUACAUCCCCCGAGGCGAAUCCCGGAGAACGACUUUCUCCGCAUGUUGCUCAAAGAAUGGGAUUGGCCGGAGUUCGUCUGCCUGCAGGAAGUUCGUGCGAGACCGACAGACAAGGACUGGAUGACGGCCAUGUGCGCGGCUGCAAACGGGGUCUCUCCUUUAGAUCGGGACGGGGAGACGGACAGGCGAGAAGAUGGAGGUCCGACGUACACUGCUUAUUGGGCGCUGAACGUCUCUCGCCGCGGACAGAGGAGGUUCGGCGUGUGCACACUCGUUGCUCAUCCAUGGGUGAAACGGGUGCGCCGGGAGCGAACGGUGGGGUGGGACGCGGAAGGACGAGUGCAUAUACUGGAGUUCGACGGCUGGGCGCUGGUCAACGUCUACGCUUUGAAUGGGAGUGACUUCCCUUGGGUAGACCCACGCAUGGAGGGAGAUCCGCUAGCCAAGGUGCUGCCACAGAAGACCAGGAACGAACGAAAGAGAGAAUUUAAUAUGCUCUUGCUCGAGGAAAUCCAGACAAUGCGGGCACGGGGACUGAGGCCGGUGCUCAUAGGAGACUUCAAUAUCUCCCUCGCAAAGGUGGACUGUUAUCCACGUUUGCGUACGCAACAUCCGCACGCGUUGGCAAGGAAACAGUUUAACGAGGUGUUCAUUCCCCAGGCCGAGGUUGUGGACGUAUAUCGUGCUUUUCACGGGAGCGAGACAGCGUACAGCUGGUUCGCGAAAGGGAAACCGGUGGGGAGCGAUGCCGCCAGGGUGGAUUACGCGCUGGUGGAUCGCCAGUUGAUCAGAGAAAAGGGAGAGGGAAGGGAGAUGGGAACGGGUUAUGGAGGCAAGAACGUCGGAAAGAGUGACCAUGGGAUUGUCUGGCUGGAUAUGUGCGGGAUGAAUAACCUUGGAUUGUCGGAGGCCAGGGCGCAGGAAUAGACGGUUCAAAAGUCAUGCGGAUAAGA